CGUCAUCUUAUUAAAACAAUAGGCCUGCCCCCCCCAAUAUUUGACCAAGUGUCCGCCACUGAUAUACACUAAUUAAGACUAACAUGAAGCAAAUUCAAGGAUUGCAUAAGACAGUUCAUUUACUGCAAAAUGAGCAUGCACACUUGUUUUCAAGGAACCAAGUUUUGAUCAAAUUCUUAAAUUGUCUAGUAUUUUGUGCUGUCUUUAUUGAUUCCGGGAGUGAAUUCCAGAUUUUAGGCCUUUGAAAACUUAAUGAUCUGAUACCAUUAUUGGUAGUUCUGGCUUUUGGAAUGUCAAGGGGGUUUUGUGUCGAAGGUUAUGACCUGUUGAUGAUUUAAUUAGUGAUUGAGAAGUUGGGGGAAGGGGUUAAAACAUUUACACUGAAAGGGCAAAAUAAUAAAAAAUGAAGAAAAUAACAAAUUUUGCAAGGGCAGUCCAGCAGUUGCUAUUUUUUCCUCCAUGCUGCAUGCGACCUUGAUCAUAAUGAUGAUUUUAAUCAUAACAACAAGACAAAUGACAAUCUCUGCAACCUAUAGAACACCAUCAUCCUAUCUGCUACCAUAAUCAACAUGGCAAGACUUUGUUUUGGCCCCACAGCCAUUUUGUUUGCCACAACUUGUUACCAUUAGGGGGCCAGGGUGCAUUUCAUGUAGGUAGGCCCGAAUAUGUCCGGCGUGGGCUAAGAAAAAUGCCUUGGCGUAGAAAAAAAAAAUUCUGUUUUUUAGCGUGUCAGCGACAGAAAACCCCGAAUAUCAAUGACUUGUUUAGAAUUAUUGGCGUAUCGUUGACAGAAAACGGCGUGACGGCGUGGCGCAUCGCCGAGAUAUGAUUUGAUAUGCUUAACUAAUCUCCUCUGCGAGGUGUUUUCUUUGAUUUCUAUAUUAGUUUCGUUAUUCCGUGGUCCAUGGUUCUGUGGUCCGUAUUUCGACACAAAGAAGGAAAAAUCAUGUCAAGGAGCAUGCUGAGUAUUAUAUGCACCCUGGUGAGUCCAUAUAGAUAAGGCGUUUCCCGACAGAAGUUGGGAUGACACUUUCAAACGGAAGUACUGUCACAAAAAGGAAGUACUGUCACAUUUUCGAACGUUUGUCAUGUGGUCUCAAUAUUAAAUGAAGAGGCAAAGCCAAGAACUUGCGUUCCGUUAGAAUAUUACAUGGAUUGAAAUGGAUAUUGAUGAAAACGAUAAUCAACAGAAACAAAGUCGACAGCAAAGUAUAGGAAAGAAACAAGUGAUUUUGUCCUGGGCGAAAGGAUGUGCAAGUAGUAGCAAAGAAGUUAUCCCUGAAAAGAGACAAAAAAUCUCGUCAGAAAAGGGCAGCUUUACUUGCUUGCAAUGCUUUGAAUUACACUUGAAAGGAAAAAGGGAUGAAAGAUAUACAUCUGUAUGCAGAACAGAUCAUUCAACUGUUCAACGUCAUAAAAAUAGAUGGCACAGCAUUCCUGGAUCGAAGUUAUGCACAAUUGUUCCAACAGCUGCAAAAGAAGUGAGUUCAUUGAAGUUAAAAUAUGCAAAACAGAACGUAUCAGAAGUCACUACACCUGAAGAAAGAAACACCAGUACAACUUCAUCACAGAUUAUUUCAAUAGACCCGGUACAUAGCACUGCAGCAGCUCAAGGCAAAAACAAUCUAGAAUUAGCUACGCCAAGCUACGAAGAAUACCUUGAUGAACUUGAAUCAAAUACUGAAAGUGAGGAAAAUAAAUUCAUGGAGGCCCUAUCACCCAUAGAGCCCCUGGAACCCCUGGAAGCAUGCAGCAACGAGCCUCAGUUGAUGACAGAAUCAAGUGACAAAGAAACAUUGGAUGGGAUAGAAAUAUCUGGAAUGGACACUCAAAGUACACUUUUAUCUUUUAGAACUGAAAAAUUAGAUGCAACAAAGAAGAACAGCACCGUAGACAUGGAUGCCAUUAUGACUGAGAUAAAUAAAUUAAGUUUAAAGGUGGAUGAUAUUGGAGCAAAGCACAGAAGCUUACAGCAGCUUGUUUUUGAAGACCCAGAGACUGGAAGGCAAGUUGCUGCAAUGAAGAAAGCCAACAAUAUCAAUGAAUUAGUUGAGGCAUCAAAGCCAAUUCAGUGGUUCUAUGAUGAGAAAAGUGGUUGUGCAGUUCUGAGAUGUUUGCCAUGUUAUGAGCUUCAUCUGAAAGCUAAGCCAACAUUAGCCGAUUUAACUCCAUUACAAGCACAGCGAAUCCUUAAUCCAAGAAGCAGUGGAACAUUUGCAACUGGAAUUUUCUUGAAAAAGGAAAUCGCGAGUCUGUUAAUCAAAGGUCAUAAUAGGACUUGGUACCGGGAAAAAAAUAUGCUAAUUGACCACAUGUGUAUCAUAGGAAACGGCUCAGAGACACAUAAAAUUGCCAUGGAAGCAUACAAGCAGGCUUUGAAAUCCAAUAAUGAAAAUGCAACAACUGCAACACAUUUAUUUAGAGCGGCUAUAGUGGAUUUGAAACUUGGUGCAGCAGCAAGAAACUUUGAAGUGUUAGUGUCUUUACUCGCAAAUUGCUCUGUAAAUGUUGGAAACAUUGGGCAUGGCAGGAAUCUGUUUAAUGACAUACUGUACUGCCUGGAAAAGUCGAUGAACAAGAAGACGGCAGAAUUCCUUAAUCAGCCACUCCCAUCAACAUUCCUUCCUCCACACUUUUGGGUUACCAUUGAUAAAGCUACACCAGCCAGAACAACAAACCAAGCAGUAUUGGUUGUCGCCAGAGAUAAGAAUGGGAUACCCUCCCCAAUACCUGUUGCAGCUCCUGCCAUUUAUACAGAAUUUACCGAAGCCUCAUAUGAUAUAUUGGCAUUAAAACUUCUGGAAGCAAUUUCUGAUAAUUUCUCCCCCCAAAUUCUGGAAAGGCUUUGUGGUGUGGCAGCUGAUGGCCCUUAUCAGGCUUCUGGAUUCAGAAGUUCACUUUUUCGGCAACUGGAGAUCCCAGAGCAUGUAGACAAAGUGAUCGCUCUCCCCAUAACAUGGGAUACAGCCCAUGUUUUAAACCUUGCUGUUACCGAAGUAAGAGAUGCUAACUCACCUGGUGGAGAACAUUUCCGUAGAUUUAUCAAGAGAUGUAAUGUGUUCAAUCAUGUUUUGGCAAAUGGAAAGGGGUUUGCCUUUUUGCAGAUGGUGGACAGUACUGUGAGACGACCUGUGUCAUAUGCUACUCAGCGUUUCAUGAGUUCAUCGUAUGAGCAGUGGCUCAAAAUUGAACAGAGCUACCAAUCGUACUGGCAGGCAUUUGAAUUGUUACAUCCACGGAGGGAUGAAGACGAAGAGUGGCAAUACAUGAUUGCUGGAAGUGAUUUUGUGGCAGAUCUUUUAUCCUUUUUGGAUAUCAUGGAUCCUAUUAUUGAUCUGAUGCUGAGAGCCCAAUCACUUGACACUCCAAUCUGGAAGCUACAAAUGUGGUGGCCUAAAGUCAGAGAAAAUCUGCUAAAAGCUGUAAAAGGGAACCCCCUGGUCUUUCCUAGACUGUCAAAAGUCGAACACUCUUUGAUACCUGGCUUAAAAUUCAAAGGAGUUGAAUUACUUCAAGGUUGGCUCAUAACGAAAGAUAAUGGAAAAAAUGCAGAUGGAAAUUCUCGCUUUACGUGGCAUUUGCGUGACAGUAAAGAUAUCGAAGAAGAUCGCAAGAAUUUGGCCAAAGAGCUAUGUGAAGCUUUGAAUAUUAGAAUUGAAUCGCUUGCUGAAAAAUCACCAUCAACAUUUGAAGUAUUUGAUGCGGCGAAUCUUGUUAAGCUUCACUGUGGAAAAAGAGUUAAUAAAGAAAUAAAAUAUUUUGUAGAUGAAGGUGAGUAUGAAGUAUAUGGAGUGGAAGAAUGUAAGCGCAUAUUAACAACGAUUAGCGAGCUAAAACAUGUGAAGGAAUCAGGGAUGAAUUUCGAUUCAAGAAUGGCGUAUCUUUACAUGUCCAGAAUAAAAAACGCUGUUAAAGCAGGCAUCUGGAAUGGCAAGUGCCCAGAAUGGUUUAUUAUAAGCCAAAAUAAUGUUAAUUUACAUACUCAAAAUGCAACACUUGAAGAGUUUGAAGAAGAAGAAAGCAAUACAUUAGAUUGUCAGUUCAAAAUGGUAUUUUCAAAUGGAAAAGUUAUGAAAGUGCGCUUACAUGAACAGCGAAUGUACCAAUCAUUUUACAACAACGAAGAAAUCUGUCACAUUGCAAGUAAGCCAUCUUGCGCUCUAAUUGACAUUCUUUUGGCUAAGGGAGGGCCUGAAGCAAUAGCUGAAAGCUUUUACAGCUCAAUGAGAUCGCAACAACAGUCAGGAGGGCAAUCGAACGAAACACUGGCUAGAAGAACGAAGCUGCAAUGGGCCUUGCCGUCACUUUAA